UGCGCUAUGAGAGAUUCUGCAUAUUUUACGUACCAAAGCUGCCAUAGCCUUAUAUGAAUUCUGUGCACUUUGCGCAAAUCCGCCUCCAAACGUUACGUGAACAAUGUAAGUCUGUCUUUACAAGAGAGCAGUCUACGCCGCUAGCGUAACCCCUUUACUGGACUAACGGGGCUGGCGGCGGGAACCGAGAACGGAAGUGACGAAGUAGGAAGAGGAGGAUGAUGAAGCUGAAGAGCAAUCAGACCCGGACAUAUGACCGGGAAGGGUAUAAGAAACGGGCGGCCUGUGUAUGCUUUAGGAAUGGGGCUGAGGAGGAGGUACUGCUGGUUAGCAGCAGCCGAUAUCCUGACCGCUGGAUUGUGCCUGGUGGGGGUCUAGAGCCAGGGGAGGAGCCUAGUGCUGCUGCUGUCCGGGAGGUGUGUGAGGAGGCCGGAGUUAAAGGCACGUUGGGGCGCAUGCUUGGGAUCUUUGAGAACUUGGAUCGGAAACACAGAACUUUUGUAUAUGUCUUGAUUGUCACUGAAGUUCUGAAGGACUGGGAGGAUUCUCUCAGUAUUGGACGGAAGCGGCGCUGGUUCAGCAUCGAGGAAGCAGUGUGUGUGCUCCAAGGUCACAAGCCGGUACAAGCCUCCUACUUCCAGAGCCUGAGGCAGAGUUGCCAACCAAGCAAUGGCGCCAUCCCCCUUCCCAAUCAGAGUUCGCUACCUGAUGUCAGAUGACCUAUUACUCACAUGGACUUAAAUUUCAACCCUCUCCCUCCCCUUCUCCUGUCCUGAGAGAGGCAAAUUCCAGCGUGCAGUGGACAUGGCUUCAAGCAGAGCCAUGAACCCUUUCAGUCCUCAGAAGAUGUGUUGUGGAAAGAAAUGGAUUGUGCAUGCUGUGACUAACCUUGUCUCUCGCCGGCGCCUUCUUCUGUGACAUGGAAUUUGUCACUUGUGUGACUGCCCCAUACCCUACCUCCAUUGCUGUCACUUUCCCAUGUAACAUAGUAUUUAAUAAUUUUUUUUUUGUGAUUUGAUGUGGCUUUUUUUGAGCUGCCCUCAUAACAAAGCCACACCUCUAACAUGCUGUGAUUCCCAUUUCCCUUGCCCUAGUAGUUACCUGCUUUACUGCCUCCAUUCAGGUCACUUAUUAGUGACAUACAAAUGCUGUGACUCCCUCUUCCUUUGUCCCCGUGUCCCCUUGCAAUGACAGUCAUGCUAUCUUCCUCAUUACUCAUAUACAUCAUUUAUCCUUCUUAAUAAACAGGUGCUUUCAUUUA